CGGCUCGGGGGACCGGGGCCUUUUGUUUGGAGCGGCUGCGGGGGGCGGCCCCGGAGCGGCGAGGCCGGCGGCCUUCCCCAGCUCGCUCGGUCCCGGCACACCCUCGCGGGGGUGGGGAGGCCGCCCCCUGGGCCGGGCCUCGCCUCAGGCGCCGCCGCCCCGCCCUAGGCCCGCCCCGCCCGGCCUGAGGGGAGGAACCGGCUGGGCCUUCCCGCGCGGCCCAGGCACCUCCGGAGUCGCAGCCACUACCUUGCGUGGUCCGGACCCGCAGCUGCCCCUGGUUCCUUCCGCAGACGCCAUGAAGAUCAAGGAUGCCAAGAAACCCUCUUUCCCAUGGUUUGGCAUGGACAUUGGGGGGACUCUAGUAAAGCUCUCAUAUUUUGAACCUAUUGAUAUCACAGCAGAGGAAGAACAAGAAGAAGUUGAGAGCUUAAAAAGUAUCCGGAAAUAUUUGACUUCUAAUGUAGCAUAUGGAUCCACUGGUAUUCGGGAUGUACACCUUGAACUGAAGGAUUUAACACUUUUUGGGCGAAGAGGGAACUUGCACUUUAUCAGAUUUCCAACCCACGACCUGCCUACUUUUAUUCAAAUGGGAAGAGAUAAAAACUUCUCAACAUUACACACGGUGCUAUGUGCUACAGGAGGUGGUGCUUACAAGUUUGAAGAAGAUUUUCGCACGAUUGGAAACCUCCACCUGCACAAACUGGAUGAACUUGACUGCCUUGUAAAGGGCUUGCUGUAUAUAGAUUCUGUCAGUUUCAAUGGACAAGCAGAGUGCUAUUAUUUUGCUAAUGCCUCAGAACCUGAGCGAUGCCAAAAGAUGCCUUUUAACCUGGAUGAUCCCUAUCCACUGCUGAUAGUGAACAUUGGUUCAGGAGUCAGUAUUUUAGCAGUCCAUUCCAAAGACAACUAUAAACGAGUAACCGGGACAAGCCUUGGAGGGGGUACCUUUCUGGGUUUAUGCUGUUUAUUGACUGGCUGUGAAAGUUUUGAAGAGGCUCUUGAAAUGGCAUCCAAGGGUGACAGCACCCAAGCUGACAAGCUGGUCCGUGAUAUUUACGGAGGAGAUUAUGAAAGAUUUGGUCUGCCAGGUUGGGCUGUAGCAUCUAGUUUUGGGAAUAUGAUUUAUAAGGAGAAACGAGAAUCUGUUAGUAAAGAAGAUCUAGCAAGAGCUACUUUAGUUACUAUCACCAAUAACAUUGGUUCUGUGGCACGAAUGUGUGCUGUUAAUGAGAAAAUAAACCGAGUUGUCUUUGUUGGGAACUUUUUACGUGUCAAUACUCUCUCAAUGAAACUUUUGGCAUAUGCACUGGAUUAUUGGUCAAAAGGUCAACUGAAAGCAUUGUUUCUAGAGCAUGAGGUCCUAAGAAAUCUUGGCCUACCCAACAUCUUGAAUAUUUUCUGCUGGUUUAUUCUAGGCAUUUUGUGUAGUUUUUAUAUUUAGAUCUAUGGAUCCAUGAGGUAAGAGUUGAAGGGGUGUGUCUUUGGGGGUCUUAAGCAUAUGGGUAUCUAGUUGUGUCAGCAUCGUGUGUCAAAAAGACUUGUUUUGUGAUUGUGUGAGUCCUGGGAUUGGAGGGAGAUAGCAAUUACAAAGCAUCAGGAGGAAAACUGUGGGAGUGACGGAUAUGUUCAUUAUUGUCAUUGUGAUGAUGGUUCCACAGGUGUGUACCUAUGUCAAAGCUCAUCAUAUUGUUUAUUUUAAAUUUGUGGUUUAUUGUACAUAGAUUAUACCCCAAUAAAGCCUU